GACGGGGAAAGCCUAGUGCUUCACCACCCGCACGAGUUUCCCUUGGACAUUCGUCCGAAGCAAUUCGCGGCGUGUUUUCUUCCCUCUCCGAGAGUGCGAGUGAACCAGUUGGACGGCGCCCGUCUCGUCGUGGUUAUUCUCGCCGUCGUUCUCGAUCGGUUGUCGUCACUAUCAUCAUCAUCAUCAUCGUCGUCGUCGUCGUCGCCGUCGUUAUCAUCGCCGUCGACUUGGUACAAUCGUCAUUUAUCCGUGACGUAAAUCGCGCCGUCACAGAGUCGCCCAAGGGAGGAGGGAACGGCGUGCUCGAAGGAGGGAGUAAAACGCGGGACGGAAGUCGGAAGAGAAGCCGAGGAGGGAAAGGAAGAGGGAGAGAGAGAGCGAGGAAGUGCCGUGCGCGUCGUAAUCGGCGAGGAGGAGAGAGAUCUUCGGCGUCCCCGAAACUCAUUCGCCGGGAUACCGUUCGCGUGUGUGCGCCGCCGUACGACACGUACGACUCCGUGCCGGAGGCUCUCCUCAUUCCGGAGCGGAUCCCGAGGAGAGGGCGCAGAAGGGCGAGAGUGUGCACCAGUACCUUUUUUUCUACGCUUGUCUUCCCUCCCUCUCUCUCCGCACCAGCGGGUGGCGCGGGAGAUCAGCCAGUGUUUUAGUGCCAGUGUUUAAAGUCUACCUCAGUCGGCGGCUUGCGGCCGAUAAAGCAGUUUAACAAAAGCAUAUUUAACAGAGAGAGAGAGAAAGAGAAAAUUAAUACGUGUGUAUAUGUAUAUAUAUAGAUAUUAAAUAUAUUAUAUAUAUACAUAUAUAUUAAAUAUAUAUAUAUAUAAAUAGAAGGAGACAAGUGUAAGCGCGUAAUCUUUACGCUUUGUGCGCGAGUUCUGCGACCAAGAGCAAAGUUGUUAUCCUAAACAUGUCUCUGGAUAAGUUCGCGGAAGGCGGUUUGCUGCAGAAGGAGAUGGAGCGACUAGAGAUCGAGGAGAAGAACGGCGACAGUCCGAGCAGUAGCGGGGUCGCCAAGGUCCUCGUGAGCAAUCUACCGGCUCAGAUACGAGUAGAGGAACUGGACCUGCUGUUCUCCAAUUACGGCCAGGUCCAGAACAUCGAGAAAGUGCCGUCGCGGGACCCAAAUACACAGAGCUUGCUCAUCAGCUAUGAGACGCAAGAGCAAGUACAGCAGGCUGUGAACCAGUUAAAUGGCUACGAUUUCGACGGCAAUCCGCUGAAAGUGGAGAUGUCCUCGGCGGAGAGCCGACGCAGGGGCCGCAGCCAGCGCGGCGGCGGCACAGUCUUCUCUGGGCUGCCGGGUUCUGGGCGGCAAACCGACUUUCCGCUGCGCAUCUUGGUCCAGUCCGAUAUGGUGGGCGCGAUAAUCGGCCGACAGGGCUCUACCAUACGGCAGAUCACGCAGAUGACGCGUGCAAGGGUCGAUGUACACCGCAAAGAUAACGUCGGCUCUCUGGAGAAGGCUAUCACCAUCUACGGCAACCCCGAGAACUGCACCAACGCCUGCAAGAAAAUCCUGGAAGUCAUGCAGCAGGAGGCCAACAAUACGAACAAGGGUGAGAUCACCCUGAAGAUCCUCGCGCACAACAAUCUCAUCGGUCGGAUUAUCGGUAAGGGCGGUAACACAAUCAAGAGAAUCAUGCAGGACACCGAUACAAAGAUCACCGUCAGCAGUAUCAACGACAUCAAUAGCUUCAACCUCGAGCGCAUCAUCACGGUUAAGGGCACGAUCGAUAACAUGAGCAAAGCCGAGUCCAUGAUCUCCAGCAAGUUGCGCCAGAGCUACGAAAACGAUCUGCAGGCCAUGGCUCCUCAAAGCAUGAUGUUCCCCGGCCUGCACCCGAUGGCCAUGAUGUCCACCGCCGGCAUGGGCUACAGCUCCCGCGGACCCGGCCUCUACGGUUCGGGACCCGCCCCGUAUCCCUACCAGAGCAGCCUGCCUACUCAACAGGGCGUCCCCGCCAGCGACACCCAGGAGACGACUUUUCUCUACAUUCCCAACAACAGCGUAGGCGCCAUCAUCGGCACCAAGGGCUCCCACAUCCGCAACAUAAUCAGGUUCUCCGGCGCAAGCGUGAAGAUCGCUCCUCUUGAACAAGAUAAGCCGGCCGAGCAACAGACUGAGAGGAAGGUCACCAUCGUCGGCUCCCCGGAAUCUCAGUGGAAGGCCCAGUAUUUGAUCUUCGAAAAGAUGCGGGAGGAGGGAUACGUCUCCGGCACUGAAGACGUUAGACUGACCAUCGAGAUCCUCGUGCCCAGUACUCAGGUUGGCCGAAUCAUCGGCAAAGGUGGACAAAAUGUGAGGGAGCUACAGCGCGUGACCGGUAGCGUUAUUAAAUUGUCAGAACAGCAAGCGACUCCUCCUUCAGCCGAAGAGGAGACAACUGUCCACAUAAUCGGUCCCUUCUUCUCUGUUCAGUCGGCACAGAGAAGAAUCCGGGCGAUGGUAUUGCAAUCGGGCACGCCCGGUGGAACCGGUGGUACUGGCACCCGCGCCGGUCGCGGUAGCAGCCAGGAGGGUGCCUCCCGUUCUAAAAGAGAUGGCAGUGCCACUUCCCAGGGCGGCACGACGUCGCAGUCCAGCUCCCAACAGCAGUCCGCCGGCUCGCCGUCGAGCCAACAGCAGCAGCAGCAGCAGCAGCAACAACAGCCGCAGCCGCCAUCAUCGCCGCAGUAACAUUAACAUCGAUGACACCGACCUGACGCGGACCGACGCCACAAACGCCCAUCCGCUUCAUUCGCCGGAGUGGCCUCGUCGUCGCUUUGACAUUCUCUCUCGUCGAGAGGCUGAGCUUAUCGCGACCUCCUCCUCUCGCGGGACGCGCGCGACCCUCCCCGACGGGGAGGGUUUUCGAACGAGGGUGCGCGACGCGCAGAUCGCGACGGGAAGACGCGCGGCAACGUUCUGAGAAUUAACUCGAUCCGAGAUCCAACAACGAGGGUAGCGGACUCCCCGACACUGCGAGAUAAUCCUUGGGUAGUAACAGUUCCUGUCGGAGCUCAGGCUCCGUGGACCAGUUCGAGUCCACGAGUUCUAACUCGGCGAAUCGCAGUGGGAAUUCUCAGGAGUGCUCGGCGAGUCCACAAUUCGGAGAGUUAAUUCUGAGAAUUCGAAUGAUGAAUAUCUAAUUCCAAAGAUUUUAACUCCAAGGCUCGACCGUUGCGAGUCAAUCUGAAGAGUCAACGAGGCCGCGGGCCCUCCGUUCGGUUCGACACAGGCGCGUUUAUCGCGAUCGAUGCACGUGCGAAUGAUUAAUUUAUCUUAGGUAAGGCGUCCCUGUCGACAACGGGGACGCGCGUGUCGCGAGUGAUCAGUGUCGCAUUGGCAUCUGGUUGAAACGAUUGCGAUUCUCGGGUCGCGUGGCACCAAGGAACGGUGGGCGAGGUGGAGGGCGGAGAGGCCACGACCGAUCGGAGGUGCACCGAGCGUAUAUUAUUGAAUCAGGCGCUGCCCAGGCAGACACUGCCCGUACGCGAUCGCUGACUCUCAACCACGUCGACUCCCGUCCUCGUUGACGAGGACCGUGGCGUUUUUCCCCCUCGCUCUACGCGUCGCGCCUGCGUCCCUCCGCGCGCGCGCGCGCGCGCGCACCCCCAACCCCGCGACGGCGACGAAGCGACAACACACAGCCGCGCACGACGACCCAAUUUCGCAGCGCUAACGAGAAACCACCAACCGCCGCCGAAUGAAACAGGACACUUCGACGAGAGAAAAAAAAGCAAACUGAUUUAAGGGAAAAAAAAUAGAAAAAAAGAAAAACACACACAACCUUAUUACCUCAUUGCAUUACGGUUAAAGAUUUAAUACAAUAAAGGAAAGUGAAACGCGCGGGAGAAGCGAUAAACCGAUUAAUCUAAAAUGAAAAAAUGAAGGAAGAAAAAGUCUAUCUAAUAUUAAAGUUAUUAAUAAUAUACAGAGAAGUUAAGUGACAAUUACAUAUUAUGUUAUAUCUGUUACUA